AUGACUGUGCUGUGGCUGCUGCUGCUAGCAGGGCUGCCCACAUUUUUCCUGGGAGUCUUUGUAUGGGUUGUUAUUCAGAACUUUCCGACUUCAGAAUUUCCGACCACCCUGAAGCAUCCGGCCAAGCUAUGGUUUAUGCACUGUGUUGUGCAGUACCUCAUAUCUUUGGGGAAAAUACUAGAGAACCUGAGAAUCUGUGCCUUGCCCAGGUUUUUACAAUGUGUCCAAAGUUUAUUGCCACUGAAGAAGGAUCCGAACGUAUUGGUGAUUGACAUGCAUUUUGGAGCAGUCCCUGUGAGGCUCCUCAAGCCCAAGGAAUUGUCUCCCAAACUCCGGCGAGGCAUCAUCUUCUAUCAUGGAGGAGCUGGAAUAUUUGGAAGCCUGGACUGUUACCAUGGCCUUUGCAGUUUCCUGGCCAGUGAGACAGACUCCGCGGUGCUGGUGGUGGGGUACCGCAAGCUUCCUAGCUACCAUCAUCCUGUCCUUUUUAAUGAUUGCCUGAGUGCCACCAUCUACUUCCUGAAGAACCUGGAAUCCUUUGGGGUGGACCCAUCCCGGGUAGUUCUCUGUGGAGAGAGUAUUGGAGGUUCAGCUGUGGCCACUGUCAUACAGGUCUUAACCAGCAUUCCCAGUCUACCCCAGAUCCGGGCUCAAGUCCUGAUUUAUCCACUAGUAAAUUUUGUCAAUUUUCAGUUACCAUCACAUCAACAGAGCAAAAAUGUGCCAUUCCUUACCAGAGACAUGCUGUUUAUGUGUCUGUGUAAAUACCUGGCCAUAGAUCUCUCUUGGAAAGAUGCCAUUUUGGCAGGUUCUAUUAUACCUCUGGAUAAAUGGAAGAAAUACAAGAAAUGGCUUAGCCGUGACAACAUCCCCAGAAGGUUCUGGAGCCAAGACAUACAACUGGAGUCUUUUGGACCUUUUGAUGAGGCUGCCUACCUAGAAACCCAACAUGUUUGGAGUGUAGAAAUUUCACCUGUCCUAGCAGAUGACAAGAUCAUUUCUCAGUUUCCUCAGACGUUGCUGGUGAGCUGUGAGAAUGACAUCCUCCGGGAUGAUGCCUUGCUCUACAAGAAGCGCUUGGAAGACCAGGGGGUCCCCGUGAACUGGUACCAUGUGGAAGAUGGCUUUCACGGAUGCACGAUUUUAUUUGAUAAGAAGUGUCUUUCUUUCCCUUGCUCUAUGAAAGUUGUAAAUGCUGUUAUUGGUUACAUAAAGGGUAUCUGA